GUGUUGAUUCCUAAUAUUCAAGACUGGGCAACAUUUCAACAUUUAUCACUUACACCCACAACCACAACACCACACAAAGCAUCCUAACUCACCUCACCUCAUGUUCAAUCCACUGACAGAUUCACUAGAGAUAUCACUCUAGUUGCAUGUUCUUAAUUAGGAGUCACCUUGAUUUAUUAGUCUAUUGACUGGUUGUCGACAUAGUCCCUUAACUCCCUAAUCUCUAGAGCUAGGGGUCUUGGACUAAAAGCUCUCCAUCCCCUUUCCGUCGCGUCUCUAAAUCACGCCUCUAGAGCAUCGACUCUGCGUGUAAUUCGCACAUUAUGGAUGCUAUGCCUUACCGUCCCGGAUUCGGGAUUUCGAAGCGAGCCAACAACGAGAAUAUCCCCCCCGUUACCAACAGAGGACUCCACCAUCGUCACAAGUCCACCGGCAACUUACUUGUUACCAAAUCGGUCCUCGGUCUCUCUUCCAAGAACGUGAUGGCGAACGAGUUGAACGGUCGAGCGAAGCCCACAACGACCUACGAGGGAAGCGCCCUAACAACAAGGAACAAUGGUCUUUCCACGCAAGCUAUUCUAGCAGGUCAGGAGAAUAGAAGCCACGCUAGCACAAAAGAGGCGUUCUUGCAACCGGCGCAACGACCCCCGAAGAAAUCACUUGUUCCUUCCGCGUCGAUGCACCACCUUAGGGCAACAGCUAGUCAACAGCAAUCACAUGUCCAACUUAUUUCUUCUCAAUCACAUCUGCAACCUCUCUCCCAACAACAUCACGCCGAGAAACGCAUCGCGCCUCUUAAUGUCUACAGCGACCAACCUAAGAAAGACAACCUAGACGUCCCACAACGCCCUUUUAAUAAGGCGGGUCGAGCCUCUACUGCCUCGAGUUACGAUACUCAAUCGCUAGACGACAGCGAGAAUUGGGUUACAGUCCAACACGAAUCCCACCCCGAAGCGAGUCUCGAUCAAUCUCAACACAGCGGUACCUCUAUUUCUCUCCGAACCGAGGACGACGUAACCGAAGCUGUCUACUUGGACGCUGUAGAGGAGCUCAACGAGGAGCUUGCCGACGAAAAGUAUCCCGCGCUUGUACCUGAGAGAAAGAAGUCCUACGAUUCGGUGCUUUACUACUCUAAGGGCGCCCCUACCGAGUGGCAUUCUCCCAGCAUCGACUUCUCCGAGGAAGAACGUGAUUCAUCGAACGAUCGCGCUGUCCAGCCAGUUCUGUCGAACCUUUCUCCACUACCGAUUUACGAGGAGGACCAAGUCGACAAUCAGGCCGACCUUUCGGAUUACGAAGACGCCGAUUACUACGACGAUCAAGGCUACUCGACAGCUCAUUCCUGCCGUGAUAACACAACAGGUGGUGUGACUAUGGUCGUCAUGCCGCCUAAGUUGACAAGGAAGGGUAUUGCGGAGAUUGAGAAUGCCAAACGUAUCACCGUAGACAACAAUAAAGGCGACGCGAGCCAAGCUGAGGAAGACAACGAUAUCAGUAUGGUCACCGAGUAUGGCGACGACAUCUUUCAGUACAUGAGAGAGAUGGAGAUGGAUAUGCUACCCAACCCCCAUUACAUGGACUCCCAAACGGACAUCCAAUGGUCGAUGCGAGCUGUCCUCAUGGACUGGGUUAUCCAAGUUCAUACUCGUUUCACACUUCUACCUGAGACUCUGUUCCUGGCUGUCAAUUACAUCGAUCGCUUCCUUUCUGUCAAGGUCGUCUCGAUUGGAAAGCUCCAGCUUGUUGGCGCUACAGCUCUUCUCCUCGCCGCCAAGUACGAGGAAAUCAACUGUCCCUCUGUGCAGGAAGUUGUCUAUAUGGUGGACAACGGCUACACGCAGGAAGACAUCCUCAAGGCUGAGCGCUUCAUGCUCAGCAUGCUUGAUUUCCAGUUGGGUUGGCCUGGACCGAUGAGCUUUUUGAGACGCACCAGCAAGGCGGACGAUUAUUGCAGUGAGAUCCGAACUCUUGCUAAGUAUCUCCUCGAGAUUACUAUCAUGGACGAACGUUUUGUUGCUAGCCCUCCUAGCUACUUGGCCGCUGGUUCUCUAUGCCUCGCCCGCUUAAUGCUGGGCAAAGGCGGAUGGACUCAUGAGCAUGUUCACUACUCCGGCUACACGUUCACCCAACUGAAACCCCUGGUUGUGGCUAUGUUUGAGUGCUGCGAGAUCGGCCGCGAGCAUCACAGGGCUAUCUUCGAGAAGUAUUCUAGCAAGGCAUUUAAGGGCGUCGCCUUGUUUGUCGAGGAGCAGGUAGCCAUGGGUUUCAAGCUUCCCUUCCAGCAGGGUUUCCAUCAUCACCACAUGCCUGCGGAUUUGUUCGAUGAUAUCUACCCGGCUACAUCGACCUACGCCACUCCGGUCCCCCUCUACGGCUGAACAAAAUCUCUGGAGUUGAAUUCUUCAUAACCACAUCACACGCCGUUCCGCAUCCCACUACGAACAACCGUAGAUAUUUGAGACGCUUAUCGGUUGCCAUUGGACGUUCUACUUUACAUUCGACUCUACACCGGUUUACGCUGAGAUACCCCCGUUGCCGUUUGUAGGCACGGCCUAAUACUUAAAACUUCUACUAAUCUGGCACCGAUACGGCACCAUCACUUACGAUAUUGCACGAGGCUCACGAUAUUCAUGACACACUCGUCCUACUUGCGAUGCAUUUUCAAUUCGUUCCACUUUGCUUUUCUUUUCGCGAUGGAGUUUACGGCAAUGUUUUCGCCCCAGUCGGCACUACACUGGCAUGGCAAGCAAAAUCAAGCAUGAGUUCAGGCGUACGGACCCGGAAGGACAAGGCAGGGCGAUAGGGCAGGCAGAGAGGCGAGGAUUGCUAUUUUUCCUAUAAUGACAUUGCGAACAGUCAACUAAAACCGUCGUAAUUUAAUAAGGUCGUAUGUCCCCCGAGAAACGAAAAAAGGUACUCUAGGUCCUACCUUAGGUACUGUUCGAGUAUAUAAUUUGCUUGGAGGAGACGUUUCGACCACACUGGUCCGAGGCCUACAAAAGGACUUGCUACAUAGAGCUUUAGAUAAAAAAGUCUUCGUGAUAUUUCAUUAA